AUGGAUAAUGGAUUACCAGAUUUCAGUAACACAGAUUACUGGACUAAAAAAGUGCACAUUAAUGAUGUGUGGGAGGAAGAUCCGAAAAAGGUUAAAGAAGAGAUGAAGACUCAUUUUGAGCGACGGUUUGCAGCAAGCCAAGGGGAUAGAUUGCAGUUGGAUGGUGUUCAGUUUGACACCAUUUCACGUGCUGACAAUGAUCUACUAACUUGUCGGUUUGGGGAGGAUGAGAUCAAUGAUGCAAGAGUGCUUGAAGAUUUAUGGAGUAAAGAGAUAUGGCCUAAGGGUAGUAAUGCUUCAUUUAUUGCAUUAAUCCCUAAGGUAGAUUCUCCGGUGGGUUUGAAUGAUUUUCGGCCAAUUUCAUUGAUUGGGUGUAUUUAUAAAGAUGUUUCUAAACUCCUGUCAUUGAGGUUGAAGAGGGUGCUGCCCAAGGAUAUCCAUGAUUCACAGUUUGCAUUUCUUGGAGGGCGAAAUAUGCUUGAUAGUGCGAUUGUGGUCAAUAAAGUGCUAGAAGCAGCAAAAAAGGCUAAGAUCCCAACUAUAGCUUUUAAAGUAGACUAUGAAAAAGCCUACGAUUCUGUGAGUUGGGAGUUCCUUGAGUAUAUGAUGGUAAGAUUGAAUUUCUGCUGGAAGUGGAUUGGUUGGAUUAUGAACUACUUGAGAUCAGCUUCAGUAUCAGUAUUGAUUAAUGGGAGCCCCUGUGAGGAGUUCAGAAUGCAGAGAGGGCUACGCCAGGGGAUCCUCUUGCUCCGUUCCUCUUUUUAA